CAUAUCAUCAUCCACCACAUCCAGCAUUUUUAGCACCGCCACCACCACCACCACCUCCUCCACCGCCACCACCUACGGCUUCGGCCACUGUACCACCUUCACAUCAUCCUUUACAUCAUCAUAUUCAAGCUGCAACCGCGACAGCAAUCGCAACACCACAAAGUAUAAUGACAACAUCGGCAGCUGCUGUUAAUUCACCAGCCACAGCAACAUCGCAACAUCCACUUUCUCAUCAAUUUUAUCCAGCAUUACCAAGUGCCGGCAGUAAUAGUUAUUCAACGAAUAAUCUGGGUACUGGUCCACUAUAUGGUUAUGAUGAAGAUCUUUCAAUGACAAGUUGUUCAUCAACAAAUCUGUCAUUACCGGAUAGUCCGUCAGAAUUUACAUCAUUAUGUGCUAAAACAAAUUUAACCGCAACAAAUAAUAAACGUAAAUCAUUGAUCAAUGAUCAAACAACGGCGAACAUUAAACAUUAUACCGAUCUUUCAGCCAGUAUACCGAGGCCACCACCACCACCAUUAUUGAAUGGAUCAACAUCGAAUCAUCAUCAUCAUCAUCUAAAUGGUGUAACACCGCCACAUUAUGAACAUUCAAUAACGAAAGAUUCAAAAUGUCCAACACCAGGCUGUAAUGGUACGGGCCAUUCAACCGGACUCUAUACACAUCAUCGUAGUCUUUCCGGCUGUCCACGUAAACGACAAGUAACGCCGGAAAUACUUGCCAUGCAUGAAACAAUAUUGAAAUGUCCAACACCUGGUUGUAAUGGUCGUGGCCAUGUUAAUUCAUCACGUAAUUCACAUCGAAGCUUAUCCGGCUGUCCAAUAGCGGCGAUGGAAAAACUUGCACAAAAACAACAUCAACAGCAACAACAAAAUUUAUUGAAACACCAGAAUGGUGGAUCAUCAAUGAAUUCAUCCAGAAAUAAUCCAUCAUCAUCAUCAUCAUCAUCAACAACAACAACAUUGGGUAAAUCUAAAUCUCAUCAAAUUUCAGCAACAACAGCAACAAAUCAAUCAAUGAUGAAUAAUAAUCAUCACCAAAAUGGACACAAUCCGCAACAGCAACAACAACAACAGCAGUCGUUGACAUCACCAUCAUCAUUAUGUUCAUCAAUGAUUGGUCAUUUGGCUGCUUCGGCAAAUGUAGUGGCUGAUAUGUUACCAUUAGCAGCAUAUGCAGAUCAAAAUUAUCCAUCGAAUCACCAAAACCACCAUGGUUAUCAUCAUCCAUCGUCACAUCAUCAAUUGGCAUUCAAUCAUCAUCAUCAUAAUCACCAUCAUUCAUCGAUUGAUAAUGCUGCCAAUAAUUAUUAUAAUUGUUUAACAUCAACAUUGGAAACAUUAAAUUCACAUAACAAGAUUAAAGCAAAUUCAAUUGAUGAAGAAUUCGAUGAUGACGAUGAUGAUGAUGAUGGAUUUGAUCCAGAUGAUGAAUCUGGUUCCGAUAAUGAUGAUGACGAUGAUGAAUUAAUCAACGAUGAUGAUGAGCCAGAAAAUAUUUGUAAUGGACGAAAUCAUCAACAACAUACAAUGAAUAACAAUAACAACAAUUCUGCAACAAACACUAAUACCAAAAGACAACGGAAUAAUCAAUUAUCAACAUUCAAUUCAUCAUCAUCAUCAUAUAAUCAUCAAACAUUAGAUAUUGAAAUGAAAUCGAAUCAACAAUCAACAACGACGAAUACAAAUUCAAAUCAUAAUCAAAAAUCACGUUUUACCAAUUGGCUUGGUCAAUGUAGAGCUUAAAAUUAAUUAAUUAAUUAAUUAGUAGUAGUUGAUGGCCAGAAAAAAAACUUAGCAAACACAAUUCCUAUAUAUCUAGUCAUAUUGUGAAAAUUUCAUUCCCUAAUUAUUAUUAAUCAAUUAAUACGAAUUGUAAUCAAUGUAAAAGUUUGAUAUUUACAACUCAUUUAUUUAUUUAUCCAUUGAUCUCGACAAUGUUUUGAUUUGUGUGUUUGUAUGUGUGUAGCCAUUCUGAAUAUUGAUCCAUCAUCGAACUUUUUUUUUCCACCCACACCACUUUCCCAACAACUGAUCAUAACAUAACAUUUCUUUUUUUUUAUUAUUUAUUUAUUGAUUUAUUUGUUCUGUUUUUCGUUGUUUCUAUUAUAUUCACAACACAACACUACCAAACAAUCAUCAUCAUCAGUAUCACACAAUAUUAAUUUGCAAUUGUAAUUCUCUCUUUCUCGCUCGCUUGUUAUUCAAUUCAAUAUACUCAUUAAUUUUUUUUCAACGAUAAAAAAAACGCCAUUGAAUCAAUCACCAGAUUGA